GCUCCGACCACGGCGCGUUCCGCUCCCAGCCUCAUUCCGACACCACCGCCGUCGCCGCCGACUCGGCUAGUUCGCUCCGACGCGCGCGGCCGUUUCGAAAAUCGAAUCUAAACCGAAACCCUUCAAAUUGUGUUCCAAAAUUCAAACCAACUAGUCGUGCUCCUUUGUUUAUUUUACUUUGUUUUUAAUCAAAUGUUUUUCUGAGUGACUUUUUGUUAACGUGCCUAUUGUCAGCCAGCAACAUGGGAACUUUUAAAACAUUACAUAGAAGCAUAUUGCUUCUUGUGGUGUUAUAUGCGCAAACGCACUCACAGAAGAGCAAGUCUGACGACACACAGGGCGUGCCCAGCGACCUUAGGAGGGUAGUCAGUGAGGCCAUAGCUUUAGAAAGGAGGUUCCUUUUAGGUGCUAAAGAUGGGCACAACUGCACAGCAGAAGAAGACGACGUGGCGUCAACGCCGUGCCCGCCCAGCAAGUACCGCAGCGCGAGCGGCGAGUGCAACAACGUGCGCCAUCGACCUUGGGGCAGGAGAGGAGACAUCUUUCUAAGACUCCUGCCGCCGCAGUAUGCUGAUGGAGUGUCGCAGCCACUGUCGUCGCCGCGACUGCCGGAGCCAGCGCUGGCAGUACACGCGGCAGCUCAGCUCACAGCCACAGCUGAACAUGACUACGUCACCAGUCUACUGGCUGCCUGGGGGCAGUUUGUGCUCGAUGACAUCGUCGCCACUGCUAAUGGGAAUAAGUGUGAGGGUCCCACGUGCGAGUACUCCCGAUCAGCACCCGCCAGGAAUAUCGACUCUUGUGGCUUUGAACACCGCGAGCAGAUGAAUUUGGCGACAUCGUUCCUGGACGGAUCAGCUCUGUACGGCAGUUCUGAGAAGGAAUUGAGAUCACUUCGACUCUACGAUGCUGGAAAACUUGAUGUGGGAUCUUGUCGCAAAUGCAACGACGGCAGUCCAACCGCCCCUCUAUACAAGGCCCUCCUCUCGGAACACAACCGCGUGGCGGGCGAGCUAUACUCCCUCAACCCCUUCUGGGAUGACACCACGCUGUUCCUGGAAACCCGUCGCGCUAUGGCCGCCAUCAUUCAGCAUAUCACCUACAAUGAGUUCCUGCCCGUCCUGCUGGGAGAGGUGGGCAUGGCGAAAGCGGAGCUGAAGCUGACAUCGCUGGGCUUCUGGCGCGGGUACUCCAGCGCCAACCGCGCCGGAGCCUACUCCGAGCUGGUGGCCGUCGCGCCGGUCUUCAAAGCCAUGAUGAAUGAGAACCUGAAAAACGCAACUCUCUACGACCUGAUCCACACUAGCGCUCACCGAGUAUCCCGGUUCCCCUCAUCAGCGCAAUGGGACUUGAACCGCGCCCGCGAUCACGGAGUCGCUUCCUACUUGAAAGCUUUAAGACUGUGUGAACCCACAAUGAACGUCAAGUCUUACGGUGAUUUAGAAAAGCUUGGAUUUGACAGGAACCAGCAGGAGAUGAUGGCUGAUAUGUACAGAACUGUCGAAGAUGUGGAGCUGAUGAUUGGAGGUGCUAUGGAGAGGCCGGCGUCUGGUGCCGUCGUCGGGAACACCUUCGCUUGCGUCCUCGCGCUGCAGUUCGCCAACUUGAAGAAGGGUGACAGAUUCUGGUAUGAGAACGACAUACCUCCUUCCUCGUUCCUGCCGGAGAAGCUGGCGGCCAUCAGGAAGGUCUCGCUGGCGGGGCUGCUGUGCGCCGCCGACGACGCCCUCAGCACCGUGCAGCCCGCCGCCUUCGUCAAGGAGGACCCUUAUCUGAACGCCGCUCAACAAUGCUCGCAGCACAACCGGUUGGAACUAACAGCGUGGCGCGAUGAAAGCGGCGCGAAGGCCGCAGAACGCCUAAACCAAGACAUGGUCGCAGCCGCUCUGGAAAAGGCUAAACAGGAGAUGGCUGAACGGAAGCGACUCGAGUACAUGCUGUGGGAAGCACGUGGUGGAGCGGACCCCAAGUCCCCCGUGGGCACAGCGGCGUCCUUCUCGAAGGCCAAUAAGUACGCAUUGAAGCUCGCCAACACUUCGCUCUUCUUCGAGUUCGCCACCAACGAACUGCUCAACUCUCUUAAUGCUGGCCACCGGCGCAAACGACAAAUCUUCGAUGACGCCCUAGGCUUCAGCACCACGAACGAUUUCGUGGAUUCCCUCCAAUCUGUUGACGUGAGCGGCUUCAUCGGCCAAGACCAGGGACCGACUAUCGAGCCGCAGUGUGACGACAUGGGUUCCUGCGAUCCUGAUAGCCCCUUCAGAACAUACACUGGAUACUGCAAUAACUUGAGGAACCCAAAUUUGGGUAAAAGUUUGACGACCUUCGCGAGAUUACUGCCGCCCGUGUAUGAAGAUGGUGUAAGUCGUCCGCGCAUCAACUCAGUGACGGGCACUCCACUCCCCUCACCGCGCAUAGUGUCCACAGUGAUCCACCCGGACAUCUCCAACCUGCACACCCGGUACACCCUCAUGGUCAUGCAAUUCGCGCAGUUCCUGGACCACGAGCUUACCAUGACGCCCAUUCACAAAGGUUUCCACGAGUCCAUCCCGGACUGUCGUUCGUGCGACUCGCCGCGCACUGUGCACCCGGAAUGCAACCCGUUCCCGGUGCCGCGCGGAGACCACUACUACCCCGAGGUCAACGUCACUUCCGGGGAACGACUCUGCUUCCCCUUCAUGAGGAGUUUGCCGGGACAACAGCAACUUGGUCCCAGAGAGCAAGUGAACCAGAACACAGCAUACAUCGACGCGUCAGUGAUCUAUGGCGAGAAUCCGUGCAUCGUGCGCAAAUUGCGCGGCUUCAACGGUAGACUCAACGCAACGGACCACCCUCUCAACGGCAAAGAUCUCUUACCGCGCUCCGACAACCACCCUGAGUGCAAGGCUCCUAGUGGAUACUGUUUCAUUGCUGGCGAUGGUCGAGCAUCAGAACAACCAGGUCUGACGGCGAUCCACACGAUCUUCCUCCGCGAACACAACCGCAUAGUGGAAGGCCUGCGCGGCGUCAACCCACAUUGGGACGCGGACUUGCUCUUCGAACACACGCGCCGCAUCGUCGCCGCCUCCUUCACACACAUCAUCUAUAACGAGUUCCUGCCACGAUUGCUGUCGUGGAACGCUGUCAAUCUAUAUGGAUUGAAGCUGCUGCCUUCAGGUUACUACAAGGAGUACUCACCGACGUGCAACCCUGCCAUCGUGACCGAGUUCGCCGCAGCCGCGUUCCGUAUCGGGCACUCGCUGCUCAGGCCGCACCUGCCGCGACUCUCCCCCACCUUCCAGCCCGUCGAGCCCCCCAUCCUGCUCAGAGACGGCUUCUUCAAGCCUGACAUGUUCAUCAAUCACCCAGCAAUGGUAGACGAGCUGAUGCGCGGCCUAGCCUCCACUCCAAUGGAAACCCUGGACCAGUUCAUCACCGGGGAAGUCACCAACCACUUGUUCGAGGACCGCCGUGUGCCGUUCUCUGGCGUGGACCUCAUCGCCCUCAACAUCCAAAGAGGCCGGGACCACGGAGUGCCGAGCUAUAACAACUACAGAGCGCUGUGUAACCUGAAGCGAGCUGCCACCUUCGAAGAUCUUUCCAGAGAGAUCCCUGAUGAAGUCAUCGCCAGGUUGAAGCGCAUCUACCCGACGGUAGACGACAUCGACCUGUUCCCGGGCGGUAUGAGCGAGCGUCCCUUGCAGGGUGGGCUGGUAGGGCCCACAUUCGCUUGCAUCAUCGCCAUACAGUUCCGGCAACUCAGAAAGUGCGACCGAUUUUGGUACGAGAACGACAACACAGCGGCCCGGUUCACGGAGCGGCAGCUGUCCGAGAUCCGCAAGAUGACGCUGUCCAAGUUGCUGUGCGAGAACUUCGACGUCACCACCGACAUCCAGCGCGCCGCCUUCGACCUGCCCAGCAACUUCUUGAACCCCCGCGUGCCGUGCUCGUCGCUGCCUCAGAUCGACCUGUCGGCGUGGCGCGAGAGCUCGGCGCAGGGCUGCCUCAUAGCCGGCAGGAACGUCGCCGUCGGAGACUCUGCCUUCCCUUCGCCGUGCACUUCCUGCAUAUGUACUAAUGAAGGGGCGCAGUGCGCGUCCCUGCGCAUCACGGACUGCGCGCAGCUGCUGCGCGAGUGGCCGCGCGAGGCCGUGCUGCGCGACGACGUGUGCACGGCGCAGUGCGGCGGCGCCGCGCAGCCCGCGCCCAACCGCGCGCCGCGCCGCCCGCACCUCAACUUCAAGUUCCCGGACCUGUCGCCCUUUGUCGCCAAGUGAACUGUGGCUCAACUCAACAGUACGGAUUGAAUGGCAAAUACCACUGGGCCGCUACUAGACAAAAUUUUUAUCGUCACUUAUUUUACUACGGUGGAAACUGAGACACGAAACUCAACUGCCGAGUCUUCACAGUUACGCUAUUGCGCCGAUCCUUAAUACGUAGACACUGUGUCUAUUGAUCGAAACGCGCAGUAGCUCUAGCUAUCGCAGCGCUUGCGAUAAUCCAAAACUCCACUAAGCAUGUUAUCUUGAAUUUUAGCAGAAAGGCCGCAGCGCUCUUCAUUUAAAUCCUCAAAUACCAACUUAGUAAAAGUUGCGUCAAAAACAAGACGUUACUUACUAUGGUCUCGCAUCUAGUAGCGGUCGAGCAUAAUUUGGUCCAAUACUGUACGCCCACGGUUAAAGACUUUUGUGUACCAGUGUACUUUAUAGUGGCUAAGAUCGAGCCAAAACCGUUUCAUAAAACUACAAACUUGGUAUUUUUACGCAAUAACUGGCAACAUUGGUAGUAAUUUAACAUUGUGAUUGGAUCGUGUGACCAAUGUUGCCAUCGACUUAAAAAUAUUGUAGUUUUUUGAAACCGACAUUGUAUCUAAAUAAAACUGA